AUGCACCAACAUACGCGCAAAGUCAGGAACGAUCUCCUUGGAUCAAAGAAGGUUUCAAGCGACGAGGCGAGGCGAAAGGGCCCAUCCCCGUGCCUAUGGAGUAGCAAUUCGCAGGAAGGAUUGACGUGGAGGAGCCAAUCCAGAGAGCCAGAAGGCGACAACAGCAACGCUUGGACAACACAUAGGAAAGAAGCGACACCUGAAGAAGCUCAUGAUGCCGACGAAACCGACGACGAUGAUCGAUGGAGCGUGGUAGCAACUGCUGGCACUUCUUCUCUCGUCACGUCGAAAGCUCAACAAAAGCGAGCAACUCGACCCGAAGAUCGCUGGAGCACCAGAGCAACAACCGGCAGAGAAACGCGAGAUGGCCCAGUCGAAGACCGCAAGAUUCGAGCGACGCAACACCGUCACAAAGGAUCUCAUCAGAUGUCAAGGACCAGAUCCACCGAGCCGGAACGACCACAACCAGGGACACCCACGAAAAAACACGUCCGAUUCAAUGAAUUCAAGACGUACCACGUUCCCAAAAUACCCGGUGACUCGCAUCCAGCGCCGAAGCCGAGGAUGCACAGUUCCCCUGCACCUUCAUAUGAGACCUUCAACGAGAUGCCUUUUAUACCGAAUGGCUCUGCAGUCGACUAUCAUCAUCCAGAUGGGCCAAGGCUGGGUAUAUUCUAUACAGAUUCGGCAUAUGGUCAUCCGUAUAGUAAUCGGGUGAAUUUGAAUCCCACGGAACACCAUCAAUUGCAUCACGACUACAUGCACUACAAUCCGAUUUGUCGCGAGUUGGAUCGGAUCGUCCCUGGAAUCUUCAUUUUCCUCUUCCUCUUCCUCUUCCUCUUCCUCUUCCUCUUCCUCUCCCUCUCUCGUUUUCUCUUCUAUUUUUCUCCUUGA